AUGCAAUUGGGGUGUCUCUUCCAUUCUGGUUGGGGUACGGUCCUUGAAGCUUUAUGCUUUGGACAUCUACCGAUUCUUCUGCCAAUGGUAGCUGACCAAGAACUCAAUGCUAUGCUGCUAAUGGAAAAAGAAAUCGGCUAUGUGGUCCCGAGGAAUGAAGAUGGUUCUUUCAACCAGGACGUGGUUGUGAAAUCUGUCAGAAAAGUUAUGUUAGAACUAGAGGGAGAGCCAUUAAAGUUGAAGGCCUCACUUAUGGGAAAUGUUUUCAACAAUCAGGAUCUCCACGACAGUUACUUAAACGUCUUUAUCCAGCAUUUGAAAAAAUAUAAAAGUUUCUCAAGAGCACAAGCAAGUUGUAAAAAUGAAAUGUGA